GUAACUAUCAGCUGCCCCCUCCCCUUUUCUGAAACGUCAAUCGCUUACAAAUUGCAACAAUAAUAAACACAAUGAAUUUCAAUAGAAACGAAGAAGACGUGAAUUAAAUUGAACAAAAAUGGAAUUGUUUAGAUCAGAAUCGUACUAUAUAUUUGUUAGAAACGAGUCAAGUUUGUGGUGGAAUCGGUUUACUGCGAAAUUUUCAGUCAGAUCAGCAUGGGAUCUGUCGGAUAUCGAAGAUAUAGAGUGCCUAGGCAUAACAGAAGGCAUUAUCGGUUUGGUAGAGCAUACCAACGUCUAUGAACCCCGGCUAAUAAUUAUCAAAGAGGCAGUACCUGUUGGCCAAAUAUAUUUCCACCACACGAUAUACAAAAUUAAGUCUAUUGCUUUCCUUAAUUCUGGGGCCGCAAACCACGACGUUCAGUUGUCCCCGUGUACGAAGCAUGGUUCGUCUGGGGGAUCGAAGAGUGCUAGUAAGAAAAUGGGCGCCCGGCUGUUUGAAAACUCGGCUUUCCUAAAUAAAACUGUGGGGGCGGUGAAGAGUGUUAGUAAUACUAUAAAGACGACAACGCAACAGGCGGCUACACAAGUCAAACACACAGUAAAGAAGCAAUAUGACCCCAAAGUCUCUGAACGUUUCGAAAAACGCCUAACUGACGAACUCUACAAGAUAUUUGACGACACAGACAGUUUCUAUUACUCCCGGACCUUAGACUUAACAAACUCCCUUCAACGGCAGUAUGAGAUAGAGAAAGUAUUGGAAACGGAGGAGGGUGUGACGAAAGCUGUGUCAGAUAUUACAAGAUGGUGGAAACAUGUGGAUGAUCGGUUCUUCUGGAAUAAACAUAUGCUGAAAGAUAUCAUUGCUUUAGAGAGCCCUCACUGCGACGAAUGGGUCCUACCCAUCAUCCAAGGAUUCGUCCACUUAUCCCAAAUAGCGGUGGAGCCAGCGGACGCGAACCCCCUCAACACGGAGUCUCUAUCGAGCGGGGGGUCUUGUGAUGAAACCUUUACGCUGGGCGUUAUAUCGCGGCGCUCGAGAUACCAAGCUGGGACUAGGUACAAUCGACGCGGAAUUGAGCCCGAAGGCCAUGUCGCCAACUACGUGGAGACUGAGCAGAUUGUCUCCAUAAUGUGUUCCGACAGCAUCCAUAGAGCAUCUUUUGUGCAGGUUCGAGGUUCGGUCCCUAUUUUCUGGAGUCAGCCAGAGUACAAAUUCAGACCCCCACCGCGUCUAGAUAAGGGCCCAGAAGAAACACAAGAAGCCUUUAAGAAGCACUUUGCCGAAGAACUGAAGCUAUACAAGCAAGUCUGCAUAGUUAACCUAGUCGAACAACAAGGCAGGGAACGGGUUAUUUUUGAAGCAUACGGAGAACACGUUUUAAAGUAUAACAGUCCGGACCUUAUAUAUGCCACUUUUGACUUCCACGAGUCUUGCCGUGGUAUGCACUAUGAGAAUGUCAGUAUCCUCAUAAACGCGCUAGUUGAAGUGAUCAACGAGAUGCGAUUCUGUUGGCGCGACGACCGCGGCCUCAUCUGCAGUCAAACUGGUGUAUUUCGAGUCAACUGUAUCGACUGCUUGGACCGCACCAACGUAGUGCAGACAGCCAUAGCCAAGUACGUGUUGGAGCUCCAACUAUGCCGCCUCGGCCUGGGGGCGCCGGGCAGCGGCCUGCCCCCCGCUCUGCGAAACGCUUUCCUCACACAGUGGGCUGAUAAUGGAGACAUACUGUCUAGGCAAUAUGCGGGAACUAAGGCGCUCAAGGGAGAUUACACGCGAACGGGCGAAAGAAAAUUUACGGGCUUGAUGAAAGAUGGAAUGAAUUCUGCCAGCAGAUACUACCUAUCAACAUUUAAGGACGCGCUUCGACAGACAGCAAUAGACGUGAUGACGGGCGAGUCACGGCAUAUUCCUGAGCAACUAACUGGCAUCGAGUGCGCCGCAGUCAAGGAACAAAGCGUGGACACGGCGGCAAUGGCGCAACACGUCAAAUCGCUUAUCGACGACUGCAAAAAGCUUAUUGUGGUCACGGAACCCGUGUUGGGCGCUUGGGGGCUCAUCGACGCCGAUCCCAAUACCGGUGACCCUUCGGAAACGGAAAUGGACAGCGUACUCCUCCUGACCAGCGACGCAUACCACGUGGCAGAUUACGACGAGACCUCAGACCGAGUACUCUCCGUACAGAAAGUGCCUCUCCGAGAUAUAACUUCAGUCGAGCUCGGCACUGUGGAUACUAAUGCCACGAUAUUCGGCGUCGGACGCAAGAGCACAUCAGAACCCAUAUCCUGCAUAAGAAUCAACUACACAUACAACAACGAGCCUGGAUAUUUCCACAUGUUUAGAUCUACUACUUUGAGGUUCUUCAAUAAUAUGGCGGUUGUCAUUAACACUAAGGACGAGAUGAUCGAGUCGUUGCACUACAUCUGCGAGUCGCUGGUGGUGGCCCGGGAUGUGGCUAAAUUGCCACCAAUUCCUUUCCAUAGCGGUGUCAAAUUGGAGAGGCGGAAAUCUAAGAUCCAUCCAACGCAAGCCGCGUCGAGUGGCGCUAGAUCCUCGCUAUACUUGGAUUUGUCUCGCCUCCCCACUAUCACUCGGAACGUGAGCGAGACGCAGCUAGUCGCCGACAUACGAAGCGUUGGAUCCAAAGCCCUGACCAACAUGUCAGAGCAGUUCAGCAAGCUAAACAAGCUGUCUCACUCCCUCAACGCCCGCGCGCGACCCAGCCUCCAGCUCAAAUUCGACCAGAGCUCGUCCAAAACCAAGAAAAUCUUCACAUUGGGCGGCAAAACUGAAACUAGGAAGAAGGGAAGCCUCUCUGACGGAAUGUCCAGUGAUUAUUCGUCCGAUGAUGAAAAUAGGACGAAUAUCUUCGAACCUACGUUAGAUAAUUUCGAGAAUACUCAGCACUACAUAGGCUCACAGCAAAAGGAAAAAGAUGAUUGCGAACUUAUUCAAAAUCCUUUAUAUUCCUCUAAAAUCGAGCCUAAUGAACAAUUUGACCCUAGCGUUGUCAUAACUACGCCAGUCGAAAAGCAAAGUAUAAAAACCCCAAGCAAUACAAAUAAGAAGAACCCAUUCGAUUUGGAAGCUGACACGUGUUCGAACCAUUCAAAAACGCCAGAAAUCCAAGUGCAAAACGAGAGUGAAUACUCGAAACCUGUACCGCCAAAUUCUUUAGUACUUUCUCAGAAAUUAUCACACAGUUCCAGCGAUAUUAUUACAGAUAACCCUUGUCUAAGUGCAGAGGGGGUAAAUUAUCAUAGGUCUAAUUCUCAGCACGAAAUAACGUUGAAUAUAGCGCAGAGCCACAGUGAGUCCGCGUUGAGACAGUUCAAGAAUAUAGCGAGUCCUGCGAGUGCUACUAAGGAUAUGGUAUUGUCGCCGCUGACGAAGUUGGCUAAGGGCGUGCAGAACUUAGGUGCGAAUUUGGAUCCGAGGAAAAUUAAGGGCCCAGGUACCGCGGUGAAGCAUAUAACCGAUCAGCAGUACGAGGAACACAGAAAACUGCAAGAAAAAUGGCGAGAUUGCAACACUCGUCUCGUUGCGCUGUGAGUUACCUAACGAAACCACAACAUCGCUGUGAGUGACCCGACCUUUAUAUCACAAAGGCACCGUGGGUGACUCCACGUUUAUACCACAACGUCGCGCCAUGAGUUACCUAACGAUAUCACAACGUCGCUGUGAGUGACUCGAUGUUUAUGCCACAGCGGCGCCGUGUGACCACACGUUUAUAAGAUAACUUCGCGCUGUGAGUUACCUAACAAUAUCACAACGUCGCUGUGAGUUACCCGACGGUUUUGCCACAGCGGCGCUGUGUGACCCCACGUUUAUACCAUAACGUCGCGCUGCGAGUUACCCAACGAUACGACAACGUCGCUGUAAGUGACCCCACUAGUUUAGUAUGCGAGCGCGACCAUUUAGUUAAUUUGCACCUGUAAUUUUCACGUAUUUUAAUACGUGAGUGACCCGUUCUCGCGCAAGUAUUGUUAUUAAAAUUGAGUCGUAGUAUUGCUUACGAGUAAUAUUUUUAAUAAUUGAAUAUGCUUGAUUAAAAAAAUACAUGUUAAAAUUAUUUUAGAUAGUAGCAAAGUAUUAUUUCUUAUAGAACUGCAGCAAUUUUAUGACAAAAGUGAGACUUUACCAUAGAUAAUUCUUACACAUAGAUUAUAGACGUGUGAUUAGGCUUAGAUUUAAAAACAUUCCUUUUCCUCUGUCACAGUUUUCUUAAUAUGUAUAACCUUUUUUAGACAUGAGUUAAAUUUUAAAUACCUACUCAACACAACACAACACACAGUAACAGACAAACACACAACACACACACAGUGUUACACACACGUUAACAGUAUUUAGCUGCUGAUUGAGAAGUUAGCUCUAAAUCUAUUGUAUGUAUUAGUAAUUACCUCACAUUUCAACUUAACAGUAUUAAUCAUUUUAAUCUUAAAGUGUCAUUCUAUGGAACUUGCUAACUAUGUAAACAAAACCACUGAAUAAUUAAUAGUACUACCGUACAGAAAGGAAACUUCCUACAAAACCGAAGUUUGACGGCGGUUCAGCCGGCCUAGCCAAGGUUACAAUCGCUAUCGCUUCGACAACGAAAAGCAUUAUGUCUCUCUAUCACUCUUCCAUAUUAGUGCGUGACAGUGACAGUUGCUUUUCGAUCGCUACGGAGCGUGAGCGAUUGGCAUCUUGGCUACGCGGCCUGGGUCGAAUCAUGCUGUCCCUUUCUAAUAUAUGGCACUAUCCCUUUCGGCUAUUUAGGGUUGUCAAAAAUCAAGUGAUUAUCUUAUCUGUGGUCGGAAAAGGAAGUCAAGUGGUGCCAACCCUAAUAAUUGCUAGGAGCAAUGCUGAGCCGAAUGGAGUCGAGUUUGACCGAAGUCAGGAGUUUCGCACCCCUGACAAAAGUCACUAGUAAAUUCAUCAUUCAGAGACAAUUUCAAUAUGGCGGUUUGUUUACAUAGUUAGCAAGUUCCAUAGAAUGAUACUUUAAUAUAUCCUGCUAUAUUUCACAUCCACAUCUGCAUCCGCAUCAAGCUCCGCAUCGAUUUUAUGCGGAUGCGGAUGUUGGAAAUAAUGCGGCACUUCCGCGGUAGCGAAUAUUCGCAACAUCCCUGGUACUGACGUUAUAACUGAAUUGAUAAUUUAUUUUCCUUAUCUUAAUUACUCAUCAUAUACCCUCUAGACCGAGUUUAGAACAAUUAUUUCAUGCAACCGAUGAUGCCAAAAAUGCGGGGGUGCGCGGGACGAGGUGAGCGAAGUCCCGUGCCGUGAUGGGUCCGUUCAAAGACACGGACGUCACACAAAGACACUUUCGACUCGAACGUGGAGUAAAAUUACCGUAUGCGUGGCAGAGGGGGUAGUGCGACUAUGCUCUGUCUGGAGGAUGUUUUGUCUGUGUCUCAAUAAUGAGUAUGACACUCUUCACUUUGUACUGUUCAAAUCUUUGCAAAGGGCUCUGUGUGGCAAAUGUUUAUGCAACUCAUACUUUCACUGACAUAGCCUAUUUUACUUCGUCAGUGUAAACUUUAAUACUCAUUCUUAACUACCAGUCAUAGACAAAUUAAACCAUUUUUAGCUAAAAAGCAAUUAAAAACAUGUAUACUUGAAGCCCUAUUUCGAAAUUUAUAAAAAAAUGCCAGUUUCAGAGGCUCUUAUUCUAAGAAAAUCAUCUGAUUGAGUAAAACCUAGAAAAGUCUGCAGCGAUUUUGAUAGCCCACGCAGUGCAAGUGUUAUUUUAAACAUCAAAUCUCUAUGAAAAUAUGACGUAUAAAUAACACUUCCACUGCGUGGGCUAUCAAAAUCGCUGCAGACUUUUCUUGGUCUAACUCUAAAUAUACUUUAGCUAAUUUAGCAUUUUAAUCGCAAGUCAAUUGUAAAAUUGAGUACUUAUACCAUGUAAGUUAGUUAUACAGGGUGGAAAGAUAAG